AUGGGUUGUUGCUUCAGCACCCCUAACUCUAAGCCACCUCAAAAUGGCGACAAACACCAACAACCCCACCUCGGAUCCCAUGAACAAAACUGCAGAAUCAGAAUCUCACAACCCCUUGAAGAGGAAUCUGUGAAAGAGGUUCUCUCGGAGACUCCCAUCUCAAAACCUCAACAAGUUCCAAUUUUGAUGCCACAAACGAAGACCCAAUUGCCCGAAAUUCAACAUCCAAAGGUGCCCAUAAAAAAAGCGUUGGAAUUAGAGGAAGGGUCCCUCGUGUCGGAAACAUGCAGCAACGGCGAGAGCCUCUCCACCACCGCCACCACCACGACGGAAAACCGAGAAGACGAAGCCACGAGCAAGAGAAGCAACGGAACUCGCAACCGGAAGCGUUCUUACGCCGUCGACGGCAAUAGAAUCGGUGGCAGAGACCGGAGGCCCAAAUCUCCGGGGAGAAAGCCGGAAAUUCCGGCGCGGUCACGGUCAGUUCGCCGGAGAGAGACCGACCAUGCCCGCCGUCAUUCCGGCGAGGGGACUACCCAUCGGUCGAGGUCGCCGUCGCGUGGCGGCCGGAGUAAGCUUCGGUUGCCUGGAGGGGUCAGUCGGCGAGUUCCUCCGGCUAAGGGUGUUGUGGAGGAAAAGGACACCGUUUCAGUGAAGGAGUCACUAGAGAAUCCACACGUGUCGUUGGAGUGCUUUAUUUUUCUGUAG